CAUCCAGCGGCGCGCCCUCCCUGCCCGUGACCUGAUUGUAAAGCCGGAACCCGCCGCCGCCGCUGCCGCCGCCACCGCCGCCGUCGUCGUCGUCGUCGUCGUCGUCGUGCUGUAGCCGUUUUGGCUCGAGAAUCUCGUGCCCGAGUCCGGCAGCACCCUCCUGGGACAAGAAACAUCGCUGCUCGUCACCGGGGGCGUGGGGACAUGAGUACCUCUGCCGCGGGCGUCGAGAAUGCGAAGAAGCGCUGCAGCCACGCUGGUCUCUGCGCAAGGUUGUGGCAGGGCCUGAGCGGCGUGGUGCACAGAGCGCUCGCAGUGCUGGUGGUCCUUCUGACUUUGGGCGUGAUCGUAGCCGCCAUCGCGGGCGGUGGCAAGGGGUCCCUCAAAGAGUGUGAGGACAAGGUGGACGCUUACGUGCGCAUGGGGCAUCUGGACGCCGCGGAGGCGGCAGAAGCGCACCGCGGCAUCUUCGCCGUGCAGGUCGUGGCCAUGGCGCUCACCGCGCCAACCGCGUUCAGCUUGCUCGCUUUCGCGGCCACGAGUCACAUGCGCAGAGUUGCAGAGUACGCGGCUUGUCUGUGGUUGGAUUCGACCGCUGUCGCGGUGUACAGUUUGCUCCAAUGUAACGGUCUGAACGGGGAGCUGUUCGCCAUAUUGAGCGCUAAUCUGAUCCCCCUGAGCAUGGCACUAUUCUGGUUGCUGCUGCUGCGUCAGGUCAGGGCCUUGGAAAGAAGUUCAUGUCUUGAUCUCGGCUCCCUGCGCCUUCGCCGAAGUAUCGUGGCUAUAACAAUAUUCGGCACGUGCGCGUUCAUCUGCAGCAGGUUUGCGCGUGGACCUUCGGGCCAUCCCGCGCGAAUCCUAACGGGCACUUUCGUCUGGCUUGUAGUGUUGUCGUGCGUGAUGGGGAUGGUCGUGUUCAUGCGCGCAUACUGGUGUGUGCUGGCGAUGGCGCGCGAGACGCAGCGGCGAGGGGUGGCAACCGAGGAGACCCGAAACGUCCCUCGGUUUCUGAUAUUCCAGAUGGUGGGAUCAUCCAUGGGGAAUGUGAGUUCCUUCGUCGCACAGUUGAGCAAAAUGUGGACAUCGGACCUCUCUUGGCCAAUCUUGGGGCGUCCCGUGGACGAGAGGACGCCCGAAUUCUUGAUCGCGGUGCAGGGUGUAAUUUUGGUCGACACUACGCUGAACGCCUUUGCCGCCCUGGCCCUUAGUGGAGCUUGCUUCGGGGCACUCCGCGGAGGCUUGUCCACGACCCGCUCGGAGCGUCAGCGCCAGCGCACUUGGAAACAGUUUUCCGCGGAGUGGGAACCACGCGCCGACAUGGACUGGAACGCCAAAGUCGAGGAGUUGGCCGGCAGGGGCUUCACGCUGCAGGCGCUGCUGGAGUUCUAUUGCAGGCUGGGCAACGACGUGAUGCCGUACUUCGACCCUUGGAAGCACACCACGGAGGACGUGGUCCGAGGCGCCAUCAUUCCGUUGUCGGCAGAACGCAAAACAUCUAUGGCUGAAAUCAUGAUGCACCACAGCCCUGUGCAGCCCAACAAGAUGGUGACUCACAACUGGGGGAACAUAUUUACCGAUUUGGUUGCGGCUAUUGUGUCAGAUGCUCUUUCCGAGGUGGAGUAUUGCAAGGUGUCGGCCCUGCUCAUUCACGACAUCGACACCCUCAUGAGCUGGGUUUCCCAGUCAAAAGUUGGAUCUCGAACGUACUGGGUGUGCGCCUUCUCGGUGAAUCAGCACACCAGCAUCUGCGCUGCGUAUCUGUAUUCAAGGAGGGAUUCCGUGACGGGCGAGCACUACCCCCUCUGCCCGUGCGGCCUGCCAAAAGCACUCAACACCGCUCUGCCUCUUACGAGCGAUGGACAACGCUCAUCUCCCAGGCGGCAGAGUGUGCGGUGUGAGAUGGAUAAGUUUGAUCAACUGAUGAUGUCUCUGUCAGCUGGCAACAGUAAGUUCGCCCAGGUGGUUGCAGUUGACAAGCGCUUCGACAUCUUCAGCCGGGCUUGGUGCGUGGCCGAGAUUGCUGCCGCCCACUCAGCAGGCAUGUCCCAGUCGCUACAGCUGCCGUCCCUGGCCCACCUGGAGAAAAAUCGGGACGGACUCGUCGACCUGAAAAUCAGCAGCGCGCAGGCCAGCAUGCCAGAGGACAAGGAGGUGAUCUUGGGCCGCAUCCCAGACCUAGACGCAUUCGACCGCAGUUUUCGAGACUUGUUGUUCGGGCAGCUGCUCCCGUCUUGGUCGAGGCUCGACUCGUGCGACCACAUGCUCCAGGCAGGGCGAAUCGCUCGCUGGCAGAGCGUCGCGCAGAAGCAUUCUGCUGUAGCCUGGCACUUUAGAGUUGAUGACGACGAUCUAGACUAGGAAAACCCAGUGUAUCUGCAAUAGGUUAGAGCACCGACAUCCCCAGUUCUUCUUUGAUCUUCUUCGGUCCUAGACGAAAGCGUCGUAGACGCCCCCGAAGACCCCUUUGCACGAUUUUUGUUGGGUUAUCUACCAAAUAGCGGCAGGUCCCGCGACCAACCUUCAGGGAAUUCCCGACAUAUAUGUACAUAUGUAGGGAUUGUCUGAUUCACUCCUCCUUCU